AUGCCCCCCCCCUUGCUUCCUGCCAAAAACGUCUUCAAUGUGCCAUCUUUUGGAACUUCCAGUUCCUGGCAGCUCUCACUUCUCCUGGAGAGCAAAGCUGUUUCCUUACCAGGAAGUACCUGCAAUUCCUCUAGAGUGCUGGCUCCAGACAUCGAUUCAGCAUGGCUACCACCCUCAUCUUCUGUCACCUACUUCCACCCAAUAAUGGCUAGUUACUACAUUUUCCAACACUUUGGUGCAAGUAGGUACUUAGGGGCUACUGACCCAACCCAGAUGUCCACUUCAGCUACCUCCUAUCUAAGUACUGGCUGGUGGAAUCUCUCAGAAAUACAGGAACCAUCCACCAGCCUGAUUCAGGGGAUACCACCACUGAACAUUCCAAAUAAGGGGCACAGAUUGCAACUUGCCUACUGGCAAGGAAGCCAGGUUUUCUACAACAGUCAGGAGCAGCAGCUGGGCCUCUGCAUGCAGCCCUUUGGCUGUGCAUCCUACAGAGGGAACAGAGCCUCUGCCCAACCAGAAUUAGUGGUUGUGCUAAAGGAGAUCGGACCCACAAAUGUCAUAGCGCCGGCCUCCACUUUUGCCGUACACUACUUGGCGAUAGCUGAAGCCAGCACAGAAACAAGUUUCUGCAUGGGCCCCACACAUCGGGGAAAGGGGCCUGAGAGUGCUCAAGAAAACUCCAAGAAAGGACACACCAGCACUGAAACAAAGGAUCCAUCUGCAUCCCUGAGUGAACUCCCACCACCUGGGAAAGUGAAGCUAACACCUUUGUGCUUUCCCAGCCCAGAAAAGCCUCAAACAAGGCCUGAUUUUUAAAGGCCACAGUCUCUUGCUUCACACAAACCCACCACAGCUCACCAUGCCCAAUCUGCAGCCACUAGCACAGCUCAGUCAUCCCAGUCAGCUGCUGCCAACAGCCCUCUGAUGUGUCCUGGAAGUAGCCCCUUCUGCCUCUCUCAGAAGGAAGCCCAUUUCUCUGCUGUGACCAAGCACAGGCCCCUGCUUCAGCAGCAACACACAUUUUCCCUCCAAGACUUCAGCCGCCAUCCCAUUCCCUGGAGGGAACCCAAUGUGCCUGAGCCUGUGGUGUCCAUACCCAUCACAGAAGAACAGAAGUCAGAACGAGAAACCCUCAAGAGGCAGGCUCAGCAUGAGUGGGAACUGGCUGCCAACUUCACCUCCUUGUGGAAACUGCAGUUUGUCAGGCAGAGGAAGAUAGAGAGGGAAGUUGCCCAGUACUACAGGUAUACAUGGUGA